UUACGGUAAAGGGACGAUCAAAAGGUACACGGACCCCGGUCCAGAUGUGCGUCACACGGAGCCGCCGCUCGGAGGAGGAAAGAUGUCCGGCCUCGUGCUGCUGGUGCUGUCUCAGACUUUGUGCGUGUGGGCAGCGCACGGUGCAGGAGAACGGCGCUACGCCAUCAGUCUGAACGAAAUGUUCCGAGAGGUGGAGGAGUUGAUGGAGGACACCCAGCACCUUCUGGAGGAAGCUGUUGACCAGAUAACUACAGAGAGUGAAAAAUCCUCUGUUACCUCACUGGAUGAAACAAACAAGACAAUAAUAGAUGGAGACAGAGCGGUUCAGCUCCUAUACAGAGCGGACAAGGAGACGUAUAAUGAAACAGGAGAUACUCAUCUUUCACACAUCCAUGCGGAGAUUUCUGGCUAUUGGAACGGUGCGGAUCACGAGUGCAUGGUGGAUGAGGACUGUGGUCUCCUGAAAUACUGCUUGUAUGAGAUUGAGAACUCCAAGUGCCUCCCCUGCAUACAGACGGACAUGCCAUGCACUAAGGAUGUGGAGUGUUGCUCGGACCAGAUGUGUGUGUGGGGUCAGUGUACGGUCAACGCCACCAAAGGAACGGAGGGAUCUAUCUGCCAGGCUCAGAGAGACUGCAGGCCCAAUCUCUGCUGUGCCUUUCAACGGGAGCUGUUGUUUCCAGUUUGUAAUCCCAAACCAGAAAAGGGGGAGUCCUGUCUGAGCCACCCCAACCUGCUGAUGGACAUGCUGGCCUGGGACCAGGAGGGUCCCCGUGACCACUGCCCCUGUGCCGACAACCUCCAGUGCCAACCUCAUGGACAAGGAUCUGUUUGUGGAGAGUAGUUCUGGAGAUGAAGAGUGCAUAACCAUCUCAGAGCUAUGCCAGCGUCCUGCUGAUCAACCGUUUAGAAACAAAUAGGAUGUUGUUUUCCAGACAGGACUUGCACUGUAUUGUUUAUGCCUUAUUAAUGAAUGAAAUGAACACCUGCCAUAAACAAGGUGAAUGUUGACUAUUACUAGGUCAUCUGCCAGCAUCCUUACUUUAAGAAAUACUAUUCUUAAAAAGCAAUUCCUUAGUUAACUAGUAGUGGAUUAAUGCGAAUAAACAUAAAGAAAGAC